CUGUCACCAUGGAAACUAAAUGCGUGGGAGGCACAGAUUGGGCCGAUUGUUUUCUAAUAGAACUUUUGUUUCACAGAAAGAGUAAGACCACGCCUCAUUAGUGUACCUUCAGCUUGUACUUCAGCUUGUCUGAUGCUUGUAGUAGGUCCCGUACAGUCAUCAUGUCCCUCCAGACCAUCAAGGAAGGUCACCUCUACAAGAAAGGCAAGAUUAACAAAGACUGGAGACAGAGAUUGUUUGUGCUCAAUGGAAAGAGGCUCUCUUACUUCAAAGGAGGGAACCACAGUCCGGCAGGUACAGUUGAGCUGAAGGAUAUAAGAAAUGUUACGGAUAUUGUAGAAGACGGGACCUUUCAGAUAAAAACUCCAGACAGAGUGUACGACAUACGUGGUGACACGAAGGAAAUGUCUCAAGAAUGGGUUGAUGCAAUAAAAGAGGCAAUCUCAGCAUAGAAACUCAUUUCCUUCAAAACUCACACACAUGUUUUUAACUGUAUAAGUAUUUGGUGUGAACUCUUUGUGUGAUUGUGUUGUGUGUAGUUGCUCUAAUGCUUCUUUCAACCUGUGAA